GUCGCGAUUAUUAUAACAUCAACAUGGGAAAAGUUAAGAAAGUGAGGCAAAAAUUGCACCAAAAAGCAGUACGAUUCCCAGACGAAAAGCAAACUAUAGAUCCUAUGAAAGCAAAUGAGUCAUCUUUACCAUCAAUUUUUCCAACAAGUUGUCUCUUCAAUGACAAAGAAACAACCAAAGAUGUAUCAACAACCAAGAACACAACAGCCUCUAAAAAAGACAAAAGGAAGGAAAGACAUGAAAGAUUUCUAAAGAAACUUCAUGGAACCAGAGCUGUGGAGGAAAGUAUUAAAAGGGCAGAGAAAAGAGCACAAACAGUCAUCGUAGGGGAUAUGGAGCCACUGCUGUCUGCUUUACCUACAAUAGCUCUUCCAAAGACUUCCAAGGAGAAUAGUAAUACAAACCAGGAAAAUUCAAAGAAAAACAAGUUAUCAAGGGCGACCAGACAAAAACAACAAAAUGCUGACAUUGAGCAUUUUAAACAAGUGUUAAAGCAUCCUUCCUACCAGUCCAAUCCUAUCAGUGCAAUAUCAGAACAUUUGAAAAUUGCAGUUCAAAGAGAAGCUGAUCCCAAAACAUGAAUAACAUAAAUAAUUUGACAUGCUA